GCGGGGGGUGGCGGCAGAUCCCGUAAGUCCGGAGGCCGAGUAGUAGCUUCAGCCUUCGCCACCGCCGCCACAUUCAACAGGCAGCAGCUCGGCAGUCGCGCCGCCGGGGAGAGCGAGCGGCUCGCGGCGUCGGUCCGUUCUCCGGUCCGCGGGCCCUGUCAGCAGGAGCGCGGCGCCCGCGCUGUCCGGGCCCGGCGACACUGGCCAGCCGUCCCGUCGGUGCAGCGGACCCGGAGGAGACUGGAUGUUGAUGGACUCGCGAAGUUAAGUUCUGGGCUCGCGCUUCCACCCCACCGCGCCUUCCUCCCGGUUUCCAUCCGCCGGCGGCAGCGACCUCGCCCCCACGCCCCGCCAAUCUCGGACCGGCUCUUCACGCCCUCUCCCCCUUGGCCCCGAGUGCCUCGCUUUACUCCUUGGCUCCACCGCGGCUGGGGGAGGGGCGGGGGUCACCAUGGCCGAAGCGCCCCAGGUGGUGGAGAUCGACCCGGACUUCGAGCCGCUGCCGCGGCCGCGCUCGUGCACCUGGCCGCUGCCCAGGCCGGAGUUCAGCCAGUCCAACUCGGCCACCUCCAGCCCGGCGCCGUCGGGCGGCGCGGCCGCGAACCCCGACGCCGCGGCAGGCCUGCCCUCGGCCUCGGCGGCCGCUGUCAACGCUGACUUCAUGAGCAACCUGAGCCUGCUGGAAGAGAACGGGGACUUCCAGCAGGCGCCUGGCUCCGUGGCGGCGGCCGCAGCGGCGGCCGCGGUGGCGGCGGCGGCGGCGGCCGCAGCUGCCGCCACCGGGGGGCUGUGCGGGGACUUCCAGGGCCCGGAGGCGGGCUGCUUGCACCCAGCGCCGCCGCAGCCCCCGCCUCCCGGUCCGCUGUCGCAGCACCCGCCUGUUCCCCCGGCCGCCGCGGGGCCUCUCGCGGGGCAGCCGCGCAAGAGUAGUUCGUCCCGCCGCAACGCGUGGGGCAACCUAUCCUACGCAGACCUCAUCACGAAGGCCAUCGAGAGCUCGGCGGAGAAGCGGCUCACACUGUCGCAGAUCUACGAAUGGAUGGUCAAGAGUGUGCCCUACUUCAAGGAUAAGGGAGACAGCAACAGCUCGGCCGGCUGGAAGAAUUCAAUUCGUCAUAACCUGUCCCUACACAGCAAGUUCAUCCGUGUGCAGAAUGAAGGAACUGGAAAAAGUUCUUGGUGGAUGCUCAAUCCAGAGGGAGGCAAGAGUGGAAAAUCCCCCAGGAGAAGAGCAGCAUCCAUGGACAACAACAGUAAAUUUUCUAAGAGCCGAGGCCGAGCCGCCAAGAAAAAAGCAUCCCUCCAGUCUGGCCAGGAGGGUGCCGGGGACAGCCCGGGGUCUCAGUUCUCUAAAUGGCCUGCUAGCCCUGGCUCUCACAGCAAUGAUGACUUUGAUAACUGGAGUACAUUUCGCCCUCGAACUAGCUCAAAUGCUAGUACUAUCAGCGGGAGACUCUCCCCCAUUAUGACCGAACAGGAUGAUCUUGGCGACGGGGACGUCCAUUCUAUGGUGUACCCACCAUCCUCUGGCAAGAUCACUUCCACUCUCCCCAGUCUGUCUGAGAUAAGCAAUCCUGAAAACAUGGAAAACCUUUUGGAUAAUCUCAACCUCCUCUCAUCACCUACGUCAUUAACUGUUUCAACCCAGUCUUCACCUGGCACCAUGAUGCAGCAGACGCCAUGCUACUCGUUCACGCCACCCAACACCAGUCUGAAUUCACCCAGUCCAAACUACCAAAAAUACACCUACGGCCAAUCCAGCAUGAGUCCUUUGCCCCAGAUGUCAAUACAAACACUUCAGGACAACAAAUCAAGUUACGGAGGUAUGAGUCAGUAUAACUGUGCACCAGGACUCUUGAAGGAGUUACUUACUUCUGACUCUCCUCCCCAUAAUGACAUUAUGACCCCCGUUGAUCCUGGGGUGGCCCAACCCAACAGCCGUGUCCUUGGCCAGAAUGUGUUGAUGGGCCCCAAUUCAGUCAUGCCAACCUAUGGCAGCCAGGCAUCUCAUAACAAAAUGAUGAAUCCCAGCUCCCAUACCCACCCUGGACAUGCUCAGCCAACGUCUGCAGUGAAUGGGCGUGCCUUGCCCCACACGGUCAACACCAUGCCCCACAGUGCGGGUAUGAACCGCCUGGCCCCAGUGAAGACAGCUUUACAAGUGCCUCUGCCCCACCCCAUGCAGAUGAACGCCCAUGGGGGCUACUCCUCGGUGGGCAGCUGCAAUGGCUACAGCAGGAUGGGCAUUCUCCACCAGGAGAAGCUCCCAAGUGACUUGGACGGCAUGUCUAUCGAGCGCUGGGACUGUGACAUGGAGUCCAUUAUUCGGAACGACCUCAUGGAUGGAGAUACAUUGGAUUUUAAUUUUGACAAUGUGUUGCCCAACCAAAGCUUCCAGCACAGUGUCAAGACGACGACACAUAGCUGGGUGUCAGGCUAAGAAUGAGUUAGUGAGCAGGCUACACUUAAAAGUACUUCAGAUUGUCUGACAGCAGGAACUGAGAGAAGAAGUCCAAAGAUGUCCUUCACCCCACCUUUUCGUUUUCUUGAUUUAAAAAAACAUCACAAAAAAACCGUUUCUUUUUUCCUUUCGUCAGACUUGGCAGCGAAGACACUUUUCCUGUACAGGAUGUUUGCCCAAUGUUUGCAGGUUAUGUGCUGCUGUAGAUAAGGACUGUGCCAUUGGAAAUUUCAUUACAAUCAAGUGCCAAACUCACUACACCAUAUAACUGCAGAAAAGACUUUCGGAUUCUGGUGUGCUUUCAAGUUUUGUAUAUAAGCAGUUAGCUACAGAAUUGUACUUGUGUGUGUUUUGUUUUUUUAAAUAUCCAUUUGGUCCAAGGAAAGUUUAUACUCUUUUUGUAAUACUGUGAUGGCCUUUGCCCUUGAUAAGUUAAAUUUUUGUUUGUACUACCUGUAUUCUGCUGAACUGACGUAUCAGAGAACCAAGCUCUCUGUUCUGCACCUCCAUUGAACAGCUUUGGACCUGUUCAUGUUGCCACAUAAUUCACAUGAGAACCAAUAGCCUGUUAUCAGUCUGCUGAAUCAAUGGACUUGUCAAACUCUUUUGGGAAAAAAAAAUAGAUUAAACGCCAGCCUUGUACAGGUCUUUUCAAUUUUUUUUUGUUUGUUAUUUGCAAAUUUGUACAAACAUAUAAACGGUUAUAAUUUCCAGAUAAAUGAUUUUUGAUGUUACUAUUGGGACUUGAGAUCUUUUAUGGAAUAGAUAUUGAACUGUAAUGUUUUCUUAAAACUAGAGUCUACUUUGUUAUAGUAUGCUUGUAAAUUUGUGGAAUCCCAGAUAUUUGAGACGGCAUCCAUAAUUUUCAUUUCGUAUUCUAACUGGAUUAGUACUAAUUUUGUACUUUGUGCUUAAUUGGUUUGUACACUUUGGGAUGCUACUUGGUGAUGUUUCUGACUAAUCUUAAAAUCAUUGUAAUUAGUACUUGCAUACUCAGCGUUUCUGGCCCUGUUUUGACAGGAGAGUGAUGUACAGUUAUGGAUAUUUUGCGUUUCAUGUUAAGGAGAAUUUGAUACAUUUUUAUGUAUGUGUUUUAAAGAGAUUUCAUCUGCUUCUAGUACCCUGUGAACUAAGCAUCCGCAUAGUAUUGAGUCUUCUGAUAGAUGCCUGUCAGCUUGUCAUUGCAGUUACUCCUGGGGGGCUUUGUAAUGUUUGUAGAUGAGAAAGGGAGAUCUGCAUCUAAAACAGUUCUCCUUUCUCAAACCGGGGAUUUUGAUCAACAACCUUUUUGAGUUGAGCUUCGGCAAAAGUUUUCCCUCAUAUUUCUGUGCUCUUAUUUUGGUCUAGGUGGAGGUUGGUUUUGUAGCUCUGCUUUGAAGGAUUAUGUCAACACUCACACUUCAUCCUUUUUUCCAUUCUGUUCUGCAGAUUGCUUAGCACACUGUGGAAAGUAAGUCGAAGAGGGGAAUUUUAAAAUGGGACUUAAGUGAUUUGUAGAAUGCUUUGGUGUUCAUGAGCACAGAUGGCUCCCAAAUGCAAUAGAACUUGUUUAAAAAUUGAGGAAAUUAAUCUGAAAAUCAGCCAUCCAGCUAUAAGUUGCAUAUUUGAAUUUAUUUUAAAAGCCUUUGCAUAAGUAAGAAUUUUUUUAGCCUUUAGCAACCUAAACUGUAAUUCCAAUCAUUGUGUUUUAAUAUUUUCCAAUUACCUGUAACUGACAGUUAAAUUGGCUUUGUGUCCCACUUAAUGCAUUGGUAUUUUCAAGUCAUGUGGAAUGCCGAAGUCAGCACAAUAAAAGGAAAAGGUGCACAAAAAUAUUCUUCUUGCCUUCUUGGGAAGGCUCUGAUUUCUAUGUACUUGGCCCAAAUCACUUUGCUUUAUCUUGCCUGUGAAUUGCAUCACUGUUGGCUUGGUUUUUCUUACAUGUUUAACAAGAACCACAAGUGUUCCUGGUAGAUUUUCUAUAGGAGGCAGCUCUAUGCUAAACUUCCCACUGUACCUUCUGUUUUGAAAAUUCGUUAAAUAACCACCUCUCUAACCAUUUUCAUUGUUGGCCACUCCAAAACAUGUCUGGUUUUAGAAACCCUAGUUCCUCUGAGCAGUGCCUCCUGCAUAUAGAAUAGAACUUGUUGGUGCAGCAUUACCAUGGACUGUCUAUCACAUGCCAUUGCACACGAGCCCCCAAACCCCCAUUGGAUCAUUAAAGAGAUAAGUACAGCUGAAAUCAUUAUUGAAAUCUUACCACUUCAUAGAGUGACUUUUCAAAAGAUGUUUCUCCCUCGAGUCUGUAAAUAUCUUUUUUUCCCUUCAAAUUUAUCUCUGUGUUGAAAUUCUAAUAUGAAUCCUGGGUAGCUAGCUCUCUGGGGGUACAGUGAACUCCAGUGAAAUGCACCUUGUCUAUUUUGAAAACAUUAUGUGACCUCUGGUAAUUCUUUUUCUGUACGAAUACUGACUUUCUGGAGUAGUGUAUCAGUUAUUGUACAUGAUUGCUUUGUGAAAUGUGCAAAUGAUAUCACCUAUGCAGCCUUGUUUAUUUCCUCUGGUUUGUACUUUUAUUAAAAGCAUAUUGUAUUAUAGAGCUAUUCAGAUAUUUUAAGUAUAAAAGUAUUGUUUCUGUAAUAUAGACGUUUGGAAUAUAUUUAGGUAAUAGAUGCAUUACUUGGAAAGUUCUGCUUCGACAAACUGACAAAGUCUAAAUUAAUUAGCAAAUGUUAUAUCCCAGUGAGCAGUAAAUCAAUGGGACAUCCCAAGAAGAGAAGGACACUUAAAAUGGAAACAGUUCUCCAGAGAUAUUUAUACAAUUGGGACUUGUUCAACUGCCCCCAAAAUUCUUAUAUUCAACUCUUAAGGGUUCUUAAUUUACAACUGACUUUUAAAUGAGAAGUUUCUCUUGUGAUUUUAGUUUGGGAGUAAUCAUUCAGUAAAAAAAUUCAAUGUGGUUUAUGCAAACAAAACCACCUAGUGUGAUUCUUGGCUUCCUGUUUGAGGGUGGUGCACAGCCUGACGGUGUGGUGGGCGUGGCCACGUACCUAAUCACGCCAGCCUGCGUUUCCCUACUUAGUAACAGUGCAAAGUCGGUGUUUCUAUUCCAAUAAUACACUCUGAGAAGUGCCUGAUGAUGCUGAUGUACUUACAGACACAACAAUCUUUGAUGUUAUUGUAUAAAGCCAUAAAUGUACAUAAAUUAUGUUUAAAUGG